GGCUAAGCCCAAAAACCCUACCCGAACCCACUACCCCAACGCGCCCGAACCAAACCCCAAAUUGAUUUUUCAGCUCUCAGAAUUUUGAACCUUAGCGCCGAGAAGCUCUUUCCAUGGCCACCAUGCAAUGACUAUGGUUAACCCUCUUUCCAGUUGAUCCUCGGGUCUGGAUUCGAGUCGCGAAUCGGUUGAUGAGAUCCGAAUCAGGUCUCUCUGCUGGCGGUCAAUGUUCCGCCUCAGAGGUUAACGAGAUAGAUUCUGGUGAAGUCCUAUCGCCGGUCAAUGUUCUUCUUUCGCCGGGGAACUCCAUUAAAUCUUCCAACCAAGCUUCGUACCCUUCCUUGUUGCUGCUUCAAUCUUUGCCUGGUCCAUCCCGUGCACGCCAUUGUUUGACAGACCUUGCGCGGACAGCUUGAUCACUCCCUGGCCACCGCAAUGUUCUUCUUACCUUCACAACCUCCUUCAUUCCUUGGAUCUUGAAUGAAUGAAUUUGAUGCUGUACUCUCCAUUCAAUGACGCCGUUCUCAUUAACGGCUCAUCGCAGAGCGUAAGGGAAAUGAUUCGGUAGAUAUACAGAAACCGCUCAGACGUGAACCGGAAGCAAACUGCCGAACCAGACGGGAAUCGGACGGCCGAAUCUGAACUGGAACCGGCCAAUUCAAACUAAACGACGCCGUUUCGCGAGACUUAAAAAAAAAAAGAAAAAAAAAACCCUCGCUCAGCUUCGUCCUCCCCAGAGCCCCUUCCUGAUUCGCCUCUCAAAGCAAACAAAGCAUCUCAAAGGCUCAAACGGCAACCCUAGCCUCGACGGCCACCCGUCGUCUUCGUCUAGCAGCUUCGUCGUCGUAGCCGUGGCCUUCGUCCCGCCGCCAUCUCAAAGUGUCUGAUUCCUCUCGUGCGCAACAGAUCCACAGUGUGUGAGAAUCUGACACCGGAGAACAACUGCACGCCAAGAAACUUCCAUCCAGAGCCUUCGAGAUUUCAUUGUUCAUGGACUCGCUGCCUGCACCCUCUCACCUCUCUCCCUCCGCACUCUCCUUCCUUGACGGCAAGUUCCACACCAAAGACGCCCUCUCCGAAGCUUCGACCCUCGUCGCCGAGCUACAGACUCAGUGCUCCGUGUUGGAUCGGUCUCUGAACGAGUCCACUCGCCGACUAGGAGAGGGUCUCUCAGCUUACACUUCGUUCUCGGGCGACGUCAACAACCGCCUCAGUGCCCUUGCCUCCACUUGCUCUUCCAACGCCGUGCCAGAUGGAGGAAGAGGCGAAGAUGGUGAUGGCAAGGGUUUCAGAGAGGAACUUGCGGCUUUGGCGAAGGAAGUUGCCAGGUUGGAGAAUGUUCGUGUUUAUGCAGAAACAGCGCUGAAACUUAAUACUUUGAUUGGUGAUAUUGAAGAUGCUGUAUCACAUACCAUGAACAAACACCUGAGGAAGCCUUCUAGUCAGAAUUCAGAAGAAAUGCGUCUGGUUGCUAUAAACAUGCUAAAAACAACAGAAGGACUAUUGACCUCAAUUACAAAGACACAACCUCAGUGGAAGCGUCUUUUAUCAGCAGCUGAUCAUAGAGUAGAUCGAGCUCUUGCUAUCUUAAGACCCCAGGCAAUUGCUGAUCAUCAAGCACUUCUUGCUUCCCUUGGAUGGCCCCCACCUCUUUCUUCUUUGGCUUCUGCAAAUCAAGGACUGAAUCCUCUACUGCGUAUGCAAGCAGAUGCUAGACUCGAGUACUCUGGAAACUUUCUUGCUUUGUGCAACCUACAAGAGUUGCAAAGGCAAAGAAAAUGUAGACAGCUUGAGGGCCAUGAUAGGGAGGUUGCUCUGCGACAACCACUUUGGGUAAUUGAAGAUCUUGCGAAUCCCUUGUCAUUGGCUUCCCAGCGACAUUUCUCAAAAUGGAUUGAUAAACCAGAAUUUAUAUUUACGCUUGUAAAUAAGAUCACAAGCGAUUAUGUUGAUUCAAUGGAUGAAAUGUUGCAGCCUUUGAUUGAUGAAGCAAAAGUAGUUGGCUAUAGUUGCAGAGAAGAAUGGAUUUCAGCAAUGGUUACUUCCUUAUCAACAUACUUGGCAAAAGAAAUUUUCCCUAGUUAUAUUAGUCAACUAGAAGAGGAAUGUGUUACAGGUAUUCAAUCAUCUGCUAGAAUAUCGUGGCUGCAUCUGAUUGACCUGAUGAUAGCUUUUGAUAAAAGGAUCAAGUCUUUGGUGGAGCGUUCUGGAAUUUUGCUAUUUUCUGAUGACAAUGGUAUGUUGCAGAGGAUUUCUUCACUAUCUGUAUUUUGUGAUAGACCAGACUGGCUUGAUCUGUGGGCAGAAAUAGAGCUAGGUGGUGCCCUUGAUAAGCUUAAACCUGACAUUGAAGAUGAGAAUAAUUGGAGAAAGAAAGUUGAAGCUGCAGUUCUCUCAUCAUGUACUGAUAAUCUCAAGUCUCCCCUAAUUUCCAGUGCAUUUCUUCGCCAUCUAUCAGCUGUUAUUGAACGAUGUAGAUCAUUACCAAGUGUUACUUUGAGGUCCAAAUUUCUCAGAUUAGCAGGUGUGCCUAUUAUAAGAAAAUUUUUUGAUUCCAUACUUGUCCGUUGCCAAGAAGCUGAAGGACUAACUGCCUUAGCUGAUGAUGAUGCUGUAAUUAAAGUAGCAGUUUCCAACAAUGCUGCCCAUUACUUUGAAUCUGCAUUAAGGGAAUGGUCUGAGGAUGUCUUUUUCCUUGAGAUGGAUCUGGAUCUGGAUGAUAAAGCAGAGCUGGCAAGUAAUGCAGAUAGAAAUGGCGAAGUUUUGUCAGAGAGUUCUGGUAGGGUCAUCUUGGAUGACGAGAUCAAGAAGUUGGAAGCUUUUAGAACAGAAUGGGUUGAAAGGAUAUCUCGUAUUUUGAGAGGUUUUGAUGCUCGAUCUCGAGAUUACAUCAAGAACAAGAGGCAAUGGCAAAAGGUUGAAGAAGGGUGGACUGUGUCGAAGACACUGAUAGAUGCCCUAGAUUAUUUGCAAAGCAAAAUGUCAGUUGUAGAAGAAGCUUUGAAUAGUAGGGAUUUUGUUGGGGUAUGGAGAAGUUUGGCUGCUGGAAUUGAUCAAUUGAUUUUUAAUGGUAUUCUUAUAAGUAGUGUAAAAUUUCAUAAUGGUGGUGUCGAAAGAUUCAGCAGCGAUAUUGGUGUUUUAUUUGGGGUAUUUGGGGCGUGGUGUUUGAGACCGGAAGGAUUUUUUCCAAAAUCAAGUGAAGGUCUUAAGUUGUUGAAAUUGAAUGAAAACAGAGUGCAAGAAUGUCUUGCUGGUGGGAAGAGAUGGUUGAAGGAAAAUGGGAUCAGGCAUCUGACUGUAACCGAAGCAGAAAAGGUUGUGAAGAAUAGGGUGUUCUCAAGUUGAAACUUUUUUGCUUUGUUUCAUGAUGUUUUAAAAUUUUUGGAAAAAGAUUAUGAUAUUUUUUAUAUGUUAAGAUAAUGUUUUUUCUAUUGACUAGAUGUGCGGGCAAGACAAAUGAACAUUAUAAUAACGUGAAUGUAAAGCGGGUUUGGGAUAUUGUUGGUGUAAAAAAUAAAAGAACAUUAUUAUGACUAGCGGCUCAACAGGCACUAGAUCAGCCGCUUUUCUAUUAUUUUUUUUUAAAUUAAAAUUUAUUUUUUGCUAAUAUAUUAUUUAUUUUUUAAAUUUAUUAGAUAAAUAUUUUUUUAUUAUUUUAA